AUGGCACAGCUACAUGAAGAAUGGCUUGCUUUUGAAGCGUCCCUGCCACCAGCCGCUCCUAUCACUAAUCUACAAGAGAAAAGAAACAAUUUCGCGAACUAUAUCCGCCAGAAUAAUGCCAAUUACCUGGCCGAGAUUGAGCCUAGAUUUGCGCAGGGUAUUACCAUCACAAAUUCUUCCAUAACAGCUAGAGAUUCGGUCGAUUUUCCAAUCAGGAUCUACGAUUCGGGUGUUUUGGCACCAAAGGCGAUUGUCAUAUUCUAUCACGGAGGAGGCCUCACCAGCUGGGACUUGGACACGGAAGAUUUAUUCUGCAGGAGGGUGUCUAUCGAUGCUAAAACAAUUGUGUUUAGCAUCGGGUACCGGCUAGCCCCAGAAAACCCAUUCCCAUUCCCCGUUAAUGAUGUCUGGGACGGUUUUCUCUAUGUCGCCGAGAAUCUCAAAACUUUCGUCCCUCGCUAUGACGGGGCGUCAUCUGUGGAUAUCAUCGUGGCAGGAACUUCUGCAGGAGGCCAAUUGGCUGCUGUUAUAUCUCAGCUAGCCCGCGACUACCAGAGUAAUUGCCCCUUGGUUAGAAAAUGGCGACUUAAAGGAACCUGUCUUCGCUCCCCGGUAACUGUUUAUGGGCCCGAUAAGGAGUUUAUCCCGCCAAUAUAUCGAGAUAUGCAUGAAUCGUGGGCACAGGAAUUUGAGGCUGCCGGGCUAACACGGGAAGGGAUGAAAGCGACCCACGAUUAUUAUACGGUUCCGGACUCUGAAAAGCGUAACCCCCUUGCUUAUCCGCUAUGGGGAAAACUUGCUGGCCUACCUCCUACAUUUAUACAGCUAUGCGGAGUAGAUAUACUGCGCGAUGAUGGGGCAUGUUAUCUUCAAGGCUUGAUUAGAUCCGGGGUGGCAGUUCGCGCACAAACAUAUGUGGAUCUACCUCAUGUUGCAUCAGUCAAGGCACCGGAACUAAAGGUCUCGCAGCAAUUUGAUAAAGACUCAGUAGACGGGAUAAAGUUGUUAAUGGAAUAA